UAUAGAAAAAAGACAUCGAUGUAGACACCAAAUUCACUAAUAUAUCAUCACCGCAUACGACGCCGCCGCCGCCUCUUGUGCCAUUGUAAAGCCCUAAUGGUUCCAUCCUCCGCCGUGGUCUCGCCGAAACCAUCGAUCCCAGAAGGAGAUGAUGAGGAGUACGAGAUCGUGUACGAGGAAAUCGAAGUGGAAGAGGAGAUUGAAGUCGAAGAAGAGGUAGAGGAAGAAGACGAUCUCGGAGCCGAUCAUGUCGAAAAUGGAGGGGAUGUUGAAAUUGGAGAGGAUCUAACUGCUUCGAGCCUAAAAAAUCUGGAAACUGAUACUGGUAAGAUUCUAGAGCUUGAUGAGCAGAAAGACCAUAGACAAUCAAGUUCCUUUACUGAAGAAUUUUUGGUUUCAAAAAUUGGAGAUGUGAAACCUUUUGAGUCUCGUGAAAAAGAAGAAUUAUACGGCAAUGGGGGAGAAAUCUCUAAAUACAAUCAGGAAAGGAUACCUUUGAAUGACUGUGCAGAAGUAAAUCAUGCCAAAACCUCUCCUUCCAUUGGAGAUGUUAAUGCCACAUCCACAAUGGAUAAUGCUUCUGGGGAGAAUGAUAGUGCUAUUGCAUCAAUCAUGGAAAAAACCGACCAGACUGCUUUAGAAGGUGUUGGCAAUAGAUCACCCAGGUUGCAUGCUGCAAAAAUAAGGUUUAGGGAUCCUUCACCUAGUGCUGAAAUUGAUCGUGAGAGCAAAAAAAUAAGGAUGGUGUGUGAAUUUCAUGCCAAAGGAUGGUGCGUGAAUUUCAUGCCAAAGGAUGGUGCAUCAGAGGAAAGUCUUGUAGAUUCCUUCACACAAAGGAAGCACCAGAUGCAGUGAUAAUAAAAAGUUAAGCCUUGGGGAGGGAAGCAGCAUCUUCUAGUGCAUUUAUUCCACCCCUACAAAGUGGGGACGCAAAUUUAAGUAGUGAGACAGAAAAGCUGGUUCUUCCUGAAGAUGGUACCUAUCCGGGUGCUCCUACCCGGGAAGAUAGGAGUGUCAGGCACAACUUAUGUCUGGAUAAUUGCCAGAACUAUGGCAGUCCUCCUGUCCAAGGAAUUGUAAAUGCUAGAGAUGGUCUGGAGCAUCAUGCUUACAUAUCAUCUUCAAUGCAACAAAGUAUUCCGCAAGCUUUUCGUUCUGAAUCAGAUUCUCUGUUGCGUGAUGGUAGUUUCAGGGAACCCAAGCCACCCAAGUUGGAGGCUACUUUCUCUUCUUUUGAUUGGCAGCUAUCUGCUCCUUUCUGCCCAUCUCAUGAGAUAACUCGAAGCAUAUUGCUGAAAGAAUGUGGCUAUGACAGCACUGAUCAGAAAUAUGUUAUGGAUAUCCAGGUGAUAUUUUCACAUUCUGGCCAGGGAUCAUCUGAUAAGAAUGUAACUGUUCAGUCAAGCAGUCCUCAAGGGGAGGAAAAACUUUUGAAUUAUGUUCUUGCUGGUGAUAAUGGGAAGGAAAAUAUAUUGAGCUCUAGCAAUGAUGAUAAAGUGAAACUCAAUAAGACAGUGGAUGGAACAAUAUCUGAAGUUGGCGGAUCAGGCACAAAACAUGAUAUUGAAGCUGACUUUAGGCAAGAUGAUCAUGUGCAAAGUGAUACGAAGGCUUUCAAAUAUUUCCAAUCUGCACUAAUAGAAUCUGUGAAAGAAUUAGUGAAACCAACUUGGCGGGAAGGCUUUCUAAGCAAAGAUGCCCAUAAAUUGAUUGUUAAGAAGGCUGCCAACAAGGUUCUUAGUUCUUUGCCAGCCCACCAAAUUCCUAGCACAGAAGAAUCUGUCCAGUCAUAUCUUUCUUCAUCUCAGCCAAAACUUGCAAAGCUAGUUGAGGGAUACCUCAAUAUUUAUGGCAAAAUUUGAGAAUGUUGAAUGAUUAUGCUUGUGCUGUACUCAGUGUUGUUAGGGUCGCGGGGCGCACCGGGUCGAUGAGGUGAAAAUUCGGGUCGCGGGUCGACGAGUCGACGGGGUCGAGAGACGCACAAAGCUAGGUAGAGCAUCAGCAACCCUUCUUUGAGAAUCAGGUGCUUCUGUUGGCGUGGUUAGUAUGAAGCAAAGAAGUGUCUCAUGAGCCCUUCCAGUUUCAUUUAUAUCUGUUAAUUGUCUUAUUGCCAUGGGAUCACUGCGUAGGAGUUAAUAGUAGAUCAACAGACAAGCCAUUAGCAAUUGCAAGCUCAGCUGAUAGAAGUGAUGAGCUGUGGAAAGUGAAGUCUGUUAUUGUAUACUUUCCUCACUGCGAUGUGUGUUGUUUGAUGCUUUGGGUUGGUUGACUGGAACGACAAUCUCUGCAAGGGGUGGCAAAUGAUGAUAGCAGCUUCAGACUGAAACUUUUGUCUCCUGCCGACUGCUUCUCAUUUGCUCUCCUUUUGGCUUGGGAAACUUGCUUCCUGCUGCUACUUUGGUGAUUUGGCUGCUUCACAUCCGACUCUCUCCUGUUCCGAGGAAUUUGUAGGAAACUCUCCAAAGGUACUCUCUUAGAAGCUCGAUGCCGUGAACUCCGUAUUGUAGUCGCUUGCUGGUAGUUUGAAAUUGACUUACCAGGUGAACAGUUGUUUGGGCUCACAAUCAUCGAGCCAACAUUGGAGCAGCUGAAUUGGAACUCCUCCUGGUCUUCUUUCUUUUCUUUUGAGCUGAUGAGGCCUGCAAAAGAAAGCGACUCGCUCGAGGGGAAAUCUGCUGCAACAUCUGGGAACACUUUCUUCGGCAUGGUGAAUUACUGGACUUGUGUUGACAGAUAGGUAAGCUUGCCAUAAUUGUGGGCUUUAUAUGCAAAGCUAGGAUCCGAUAUUUUAAUUUUUCCUUUAAUUUUGUGAUUUGAGGUUUUCCUUCCCAGAGUAAUAGAGAACUAUUGCAUUA